ACGUAUACACACAACUCACACGAUCCAGAGGUUGCCAAAUUCGACGUAUUUCUGUUGCCACUAUGUCCAAAGAAAAUAAAUACUGCAUUAGCUACGAAGAUGUGCAAAAAGCUGUCGAACGAAUAAAACCAGCGGCCCAUGUAACGCCUGUAAUGACGUGUCGGACCAUGGAUAGGUUUUCCGGGGGACGACAUCUUUACUUCAAAUGUGAGCUGUUCCAAAAGAUUGGGGCAUUCAAGUACCGUGGUGCUUACAAUGCUAUAAGGCAUCUUAUUGAUGACUGUCCUGAUAAGUCGAAAGUGGAAGUGGUGACACACAGCAGUGGUAAUCAUGGACAGGCAGUAUCACUAACAGCUAAGGAGGCGGGUAUAAAAGCAUAUAUUGUUAUGCAAAAUAACACCCCAGAUGUUAAAGUGCGCGCAGUUGAAGGGUAUGGUGGUACAGUUAUUUUAUGUGAACCUAGUGAGAAGGCACGAGAAGCUGUAGCCCAAAAAAUAGUUGAAGAAACUGGCGCAUCAUUUAUUUCUGCAUCACAACAUCCAGAUGUAAUUGCUGGUCAAGCAACAAUGGCAGUAGAGUUAUUAAAUGAGGUACCUAAUCUUGAUGCUAUUGUAGCCCCUGUAUCUGGUGGUGGUAUGGUUGCUGGUAUCUGUAUUGCUGCCAAGCACAUCAAACCAGAUAUUAAAAUCUAUGCAGCUGAACCCAUCAAUGCUGAUGACUGUGCCAAAUCAUUGGCUGCAGGUCACAUAAUUCCGUUACCGGGACCACCAGACACAAUCGCUGAUGGAUUGAGAGCUACAGUUGGGGCUUUAACAUUUCCUAUUAUCAAAGACCAUUUGGAGGAUGUUAUCACCGUUAAAGAAGAAGAAAUUAAAAUUGCAACAAAGUUGAUGUGGGAACGAGCUAAGCUUUGCAUAGAGCCGUCAUCUGGUGCUGCUGUGGCUGCUGUACUCUCAGAUAAAUUCAAAGCACUUCCAGCAAGCAUCAGGAAUGUUGGUGUAAUUCUAUCUGGUGGCAAUGUAGAUUUCUCUAAAAUGUCUGCUCUAAUGUCAACAGUGAAAUGUGAAAUUUAA